AGCCAUUUGGGCCCCAGCCUUUGUGCUUGCAACAUUGUGUUGUCUUUGUGGCCUGCUUUUUGUCACUCGCUUGUCGGCAUUCCGUCUUCGCCACAUGGUGUUUGUGAAUGCCGACGGAUCUCGCAUGGUGGCGCUGGUAAUUGGCAGCGGGUACAGAGCCAGCAGCCUUGGCAUGUUCGAGAGGAUGCACGAGUUGGGCAUAUGCACUGUCGUCGUUGAUGGCGGGGAUUCUUGGGCUCGUGAGAUGGAGGUCGCCGGUGUGGUCCACAAGGUGGUCGUCGUUCCAGGCAUCGGACAUCUUCGGCAGGACGCUGAGCUCGCCGAUGCAGUCGUGGACGCCUUGCGGGCCGCAUCGAUUGGCAACAUUACAGGUGCCUACAACGCGUACAACAAGUAUUUGCUCUUGACCGCUUUGGUCGCAGAGAGGCUCGGUGUGGUGACGAACAGCUACGAGGCAGUGCGGAGAUGCGUGUUCAAAAACGAAACCCGCAAGUGCCUCGUUGCCAAUGGGCUGGAGCCGUGGAAAUCGUUUCCAUGUUCCACGACGCAGGACAUUGAACAGGCUGUGGGUCAGAUUGCGUUCCCUGCGAUCUUGAAGCCAGCGAAAGGUUCAGCCUCGGUUGGUGUCGUCAAAGUCCUUUCCGCAGAGGAGGCCGUGAAGACAUUUGUGAAGCAGCGCGCCGAGCGCAACAUCCAAGACGAGGUUUUCCUCCUGGAGGAGUACAUUGAUGGGCCCGAGUUUGGUGUGGAAAUCGUGAUGCAGCACGGCCGCCUCUUGUUUUGCUCUGUCAUGGACGCCGACAAGCAGAGCUACGGCCAGUUCUUCCAGGGCACGGGCCGCAGCUUCCCUACUGCCCACGGGCAUGUUGUCGAGGCUCUUAUUUCAUCUCACUGCGGUGCUUCCGUGCACGCGCUCGGCUUGACGACGGGAGUUUUCGACCUUGACGUGAGGUUUUCCCCGCAGUGUGGCGUGCGGAUCUUGGAGGUCAAUGCACGCAUGGGCGGUGGCUCUGUCCAGAGGAUGCACCAGCAUGUUUACGGCAUGGAUUUGAUCGAGCUUCAUUUGCAGACGUGCAUGGGCAUCUCCGUGGAGCAUGUGGCCGACAUGCAUCCCUUGGAGCCGUCGAUGUGCUACGAGGCGGGCUGGCUGGAAUCCCCGCAUUCUGGCAAGGUGUCAGGCAUUGGCAUCGAUGCCUUCGCGGAGAGAUUGCGAUCCAUGUUCAGGGAGCAUCCGCACGUGCUGGAGUUCGUCCCCCUCUGUGACGACGGUGAUGCCAUCAACGGCUACAAAGUGCCGGGCUUGCCGACUUCACUGAUCAUGGUGUUCGCAAAGGGAGCCGAGAAGAGCUUCGCCCAGCAGCACCUCGCCGGGGCGCUCUGUGCAGCGGAGGAGCGAAUCGCGGAUCUCGUCGAGCCAGACGCUCCGCUUGCCCACCAGGCGGCGACCAGCGUCGAUGCUGUGGUCACGGCGGCAGUCGGCACGGCUAUGAUUUGCACGGCCGCCGUCUUGACACACCAGUUGUUGUUCGAGCAGGUGAUGUCUCCGAAGCGGCACAACGCUCAGGCCGAUUUCACGUCGAUCCAGCCGCUGGAACCACUCGAGGCUUCUGCGGAGCUUCUGCCCUUGCCUGUGCCCUCGUCCGCUUGCCAAGCACCAGCGGUCGUGCAGUAGUCUUGAGUGCGCGCUCUUGUUUCAUUGAUUGGUCAGUCUUCGACAGUACAGUGUCGUUGGACGCUGCCUCAGUGGGUGGCUUGAUGUGGCUUGUUCUCGCGCCCAGGGCUUCCUUGUUAGUGUUUUGUGCGCGCGCGCGUGUGUGUGUGUGUGUGUGUGUGUGUGUGUGUUGAGUGUGUGUGCGUGUGUCAUCGACCCUGGCGGGUUACGUUCAGAGACGAAGCGGGUGGAAGCCGAGGGUUUGGGGUACGCAAUCGCUCUCCUCAAUUCGCUGCGUGCCAGCCCCAUGUGCUGGGGGCGCGGGCCGCUCGUCGCCCGCCCGUGCGGGCGGGCACCCCGCCCGACUCUUUUUGUUGGUUCUCUCUGUCUCUGUCUCUGUCUCUCUCGCUCUCUCUCUCUCUCUCUAUUUCUCGACCUCUGGGGGGCCCUCGGGAGCCUCUGGCGACUGGCGAGUGCUGAAUCGGCGUCGUUCCUCGGGGGGCGUUAAGACGGCCUUUGGACCUGCGCCUCUGUGAUCCCAGGGGGCUGGGUCGUUGACGCUGCAUCUUCAGGGGGCCUCGUCUGCUCCCAACAUCGGUGUCUUCUCUUGUGCCCGACGCGGGCUCGAUGCGGGCUCGACGCAGUCCGGGCGUGGAUUGGUCGCAGACUCGACGCGGUUUCGGCGAGGGUCCGACCGACCUGGACUCAACACGGCCCCGACGCGGAGCGGCGGGCGCGGCGGGACAGGCAAGGCCCCCCGAAGGUGCAGCAGAAGGAAUUGUUUUGCUUCACAGGGUGGCCGCCUGGUGCGGACGCCGAGGAGGCGCCCGCGGGCGGCCCCUCCUUGGGCGCGGGGGCGCGCCCCGAAGGCAGACGUCCUCGGGGCCCCCCCCGCCCGCUGGAGAGCGAGCUCCCACGAGCGGAGGGCCCGCGGGCAGCGGAGCGUCGACGCCCCCGGGGGCCAGGCCGUGGGCCAGCAGCAGCUCGGCUGCGGGGCGGCGCCAGCUGGCGGGAGCAGGCCGGUGUAUAGGAGCCCGUGCCCCGUCGCCGGCACGGCCGCGCCACGCCGCCACGGAGAGGCCCUGCGCGCGAGGUGCGUGCUCGGCCUCCCAAGAGGUCGCGGGCGAAAAAGUUGAAAGGAAACGGCUGUCUGGCAUGAUGCGCCCCUCGGGGGACCCACAAGGAGCAUUGGGGGGGCAGCUCGGGGCAAGGCCAGAAUGGAUCCUCAGCUUGCCAUCCC